CAUACCCAAACAGGUAGGUUCAUACCCAGACAGGUACGUUCAUACUUAGAUAGGUACAUUCAUACCCAAACAGGUACGUUCAUACCCAUAGGGGUUUAUGACUACUGACUACUGACUACUGACUACUCGUACUGAAUACAGAUUACUACUAAAAACUAUGGACCCUUGCUUGAUGAGGAGAGAUACAUACGUACCGUACGAGAUUUACUAGUAUGAUUCGGUACGUACCGUCCCUUCUACGUGGAGGUACGUACUACUCGUAUUAGGAUAAUAAAAGUGUUACUUCUACUACCGUUUUUUGUUCGUUUGGUUUGAUUGAUUGAUUGGCAUCCGUGCAAAAGAAAACAAAAACACAGCGCAACACCAAACUUUGGAAUGGACGGCAACAGCAACAUCGCAAUCUAGAAGCCAAGCCGUGCCACGCCGGAUCGAAACAACGCGGCAAUGGCUUCCAAGAAAAUUCACGAGCACKAGCACGAGCAGAAACCCGGCGGUUGUUCCUCAGAACAACAGGGAGGAACGCCACCCUCGGGACCCGUGGAGAGCGAAACAGAAACAAAAACAGAAACAGAAACAGCUGUAGGAUCCAGCACCGGAACGGAACCAUCGCCACCAAAGAAACCGCAAUCUCAACCACAACCGCAACCGCAACCACAAACCCAGAAUCCCCAUCGCAAACCGAAACGAAAGCACCCCCUGAAAAUGCCGCUGCGAACCAGCCCGGCAACCAACCGGAUCAUUUGCAGGUUCCACAACUACGACGCCCGCCACGGCUGCAAAAAACACAACCACCGAACGCACCCACAGAACAGCGGCGGCGAGAAGGUUUGCGGCGGAACCCAAGUCCCCGAGAACGAUGCUGCUGCCUCCUGCCCGCUGGACCACGAAACCUGCCACGUCUGCCUGGAAACGGGGCACCCGGCCCACGAGUGCCUCCACCUCGACAACCCCUCCUCGGAGGUCUGGACCGCAUUCUGCAGGCUCACGCUCAAAAACACGCGGCCCGAAGACUAUCCCCCCCACAAAACCGUCCUGGGGGACCCCAUCGUGUGGAUCGGCGACGCCUACGGGUGCGGAUCGACCGGCACCCGAAGGACGCUCGAAGCCCCCCCCCUCGAAGGCUUCGAGGAGGGACGGGACGACCUCCUCCUCCGCUGCGGGGCCCAGAAAAAGAUCGAGGCGGCCUACCUGCUGGGCCUCCCCCUCGGAUCGGUGGUGGUCGACGCCGGGGCCCACCUCGGCGACACGGUCCUGACCCUGGCCCUCUUUGCCCGGGCCAGGGGCCGGAACGACCUCCGCUUCUGGGCGGUCGAGCCCUGCCCCGAAAAGUGCUCGUUUCUGGAGACCGCCGCGGCGGCCAACCGCCUGGGGGACGCUCUGGGGGUGGUCUGCGCCGCGCUGGGGGAGGUCCCCGGGGAGGCGGAGCCCGCACCGAACUCCAAGGACCGGGCCCUGCGGGAGGGGAGCCUCCGGUACGUCUAUCGCCGCAACAGCGGACCCGAGACCGGGGCCCGAAAAAACGAACCCGGCGGGGCUCCCUCCGCCGAUCAGGACGACAACGAGAACGACAACAAAAACGACAACGAAAACGACAACCACAACGAAUGCCCGAACCCCCCCGCACCGACCGAACCAAGCAGGAGUUCGGGCCAGGGCACCCGGGUGAUUACCCUGGAUUCCAUGUUCGACCGGCUGACACCCCUCGGCAUGCUGCACAUCGACGUCGAGGGGUGGGAGGCCAGCGUCCUCCGGGGCGGAACCCGGCUCCUGGCGUCUGCCCUCAGCGGCAACAACGACGACGACGGCGGCGACGGCGGCGAAUCUCCCCCUUCGUGCGUGGUCAUUGCCGAGGCCUGGACCGAGAAGGAGUGCCUGCGGAGGGGGGUCUCCGGGACGAAUCCCGAAGCCAGCAUCGCUCGCGUCAUGGAAGUGGAGCUGCCCGAAUACCACCUGCAGCAACAACAACAGCAACAAGAACAACAACGACACGGUGCAGAGCUACAACCGGGGUUCGAGUUCGUCCGGGCCGACGACAUUGUGGACGUGGAACGAAACCUUGUCUAUGUUCGAAAAAAGAAGGGGAUGCGUGCAAGCUAAGAUGCAGGGAUUAUUGCUAGGAACUCUUGGGCAAGCACCGCAGCCGGUUCAAUCCAUGCAUUCGACGCCCCAGCGAUCCCUCGCCGGAAUGGUUUUGUUGGAUUGUUCUAGACCGGGCCGCAGUCGGUACCGGCGCCUUCCCAACCAAAGAUGAAUGGUGGUGGCACAAGAAAUGUCGCUCGACACU